GUAGACCGACGCGGCCUUUAUCUGUUCGUCACUUCCCACUCUAUCUCGCCGCCUCUCACUCUUUCCCCUCUCUCUCUCUCUCUGAAACUUUUCCCUCUAGAUUUCAUUUUCCGCCGGAAAAUGUCGAAAUCCGCCAAACGCGGCAGCAAGGAGGAGGACUCUGCUCCUUCCGUGCCUUUGCGUUCGAGCAGGAGGACGAGGAAGUCUUCUUCUUCUUCUUCUUCUUCUUUUUCCAAUGGCGAAGACAGAUUCGCAGAGGAACCAGUGUCAACGCCUCCGCGAUCGACCGAGAACACGAGGACUAAAGCUCAGAAGGAGUCUUCGGACGAUGAGGUUGUGAGAUGCGAAGGAGAGCCGAAGAAAAUGCCGAAAUCCGCCAAACGCGGCAACAAGGGGGAAGGCUCUACUCCUUCUAUGCCACUGCGCUCGAGUAAGAGGACGAAGAAGUCUUCUUCUUUGGUGGGAGAAGGUAGAUUCGCUGAGGAGCCAGUGCCAAUGUCUCCGUGUUCGACUGAGAUCAGCACGAAGACUAACGCCAAGAAGGAGUCUGCAGACGAGGAAGACGUGAGAUUCGAGGGAGAGCCAAUGUCAAUGGAGGAAGCUAGAGCAAAGUGGCCCAAAAGAUACCGAUCCAAGAACAUGGUGAAGAAGGGCGUCGCAACGUUGGAGAGCAUAAAAGAUGGAUCUGACGAGGAGGAGGAGGUUUUGCAAGCAAAGUGCCAUUACACUAAAGCUGUGGUGGACGGUUGCUGUUAUAACCUCAAUGAUGAUGCUUACAUCAAAGCUGAGGAUGGAAUGCCCGAUUACAUUGGCAAGAUUGUGGAGUUGUUUGAAACCACUGAUGGAGAAGCAUAUUUUACAGCCCAGUGGUUUUUUAGAGCUGAAGAUACUGCCAUCAAGGAAGUCCAUGCGAAUUUAAUUGAUAAAAGACAAGUCUUCUAUUCGGAUAAAACUGAUGAUAAUCCAUUGGAUUCAAUUGUUUCAAGAGUGAAAAUUGUUCAAGUAGACCCAAAUGUGGGCUUCUCUGCAAAGGAGAGAAUCAUUUCCUCAUGUGAUUUGUAUUAUAAUAAGAAAUUCUCAUUGCCAUUUUUGACUUUUUCAAGCAUAUUCUCAGAUAACUCUGGAAUCAGUGGUGAUACAUCCUCAACAAUUUCUAGUGAUGAUAGCUCGUGCAGUGGAGUAGAUGGUGUUAGUGUUGAGAAAGGGAUAUCCUCUCAAGUUUGCAGAUCUAAAAAAUCUGAAAUGACUUUAUUGGAUUUAUAUGCUGGUUGUGGUGCCAUGUCCACAGGCCUCUGCCUUGGAGCAUGCAAGGCUGGUUUAAAGCUUACCACUAGGUGGGCUGUGGACAUCAAUUCUUAUGCCUGUCAAAGUCUUAGGUUUAACCAUCCUGAAACCCAGGUGAGAAAUGAAGCGGCUGAAGAUUUUUUGUCAUUGUUAAAGGAAUGGUUGAAACUCUGCCAGAAAUUCUCUUUGUUGGGUUCAGAGCCCAGCAGUAUAGAGAUGGAUAAUGAUGAAGAUUCUGAUGAAGUCUCUACUGUUCCUCCUGGAGAAUUUGAAGUUGGGAGGCUCCUAGAUGUUUGUUUUGGUGACCCCAACAAUGUCCAGAAACGUGGUUUACAUUUUAAGGUUCGUUGGAAGGGUUAUGGUCCCAGUGAGGACACUUGGGAACCCAUUGAAGGUUUAAGUAAAUGCAUGGAAAGUUUGAAGGAUUUUGUUACAAGAGGGUACAACUCAAGGAUAUUGCCUCUUCCAGGUGAUGUUGACUUCAUAUGUGGAGGGCCACCUUGCCAAGGGAUUAGUGGAUUUAAUCGUUUUAGAAAUAGAGAAAAUCCUUUAGAGGACCAAAAGAACCACCAGUUGGUGGUCUUCAUGGACAUUGUGAACUUUUUAAACCCAAAGUAUGUUUUGAUGGAAAAUGUAGUUGAUAUUUUGAAGUUUGCUGAAGGCUUUUUGGGCCGUUAUGCUAUGGGGCGUCUUGUUUCAAUGAAUUAUCAAGUGCGAAUGGGAAUGAUGGCAGCAGGAUCUUAUGGUCUCCCACAAUAUCGAAUGCGUGUUUUUUUGUGGGGUGCUCAUCCCAUGGGGAAAUUGCCUCAAUAUCCGUUGCCAACCCAUGAGACUAUUGGAAGAGGUGUAGUUCCAACUGAAUUUGAGGAAAUUGUUGUCGCACAUGAUAAAAGUAAGCCUUGUAAGCUCGAAAAGGCUCUCACUCUUGCUGAUGCUUUUUUUGAUUUGCCACCUAUAACAAAUCAUGAAAAUCAAGAUGAAAUGCCCUAUGGGAAGACUGCACGAACAGAAUUUCAGAAAUAUAUUCGCCUGAGAAAGCAAGAUUCUCUUGGUGGACAAAAUAAGUGCAUAAAGCUAUAUGACCAUCGGCCCCUACAGCUAAAUGAUGAUGAUUAUGGAAGAGUUUGUCAUAUUCCAAAGGAGAAGGGAGCUAAUUUUAGAAACCUACCUGGUGUUAAAGUCAAUCAAAAUAAUAGAGUAGAAUGGGAUGAAUCCAUCGAAAGAGUCUUGCUUCCCUCAGGGAAACCUCUGGUCCCUGAUUAUGCAAUGACAUUUGUGGAUGGAAGGUCAACGAAGCCUUUUGCUCGUUUGUGGUGGGAUGAAAUUGUUGCAACUGUUGUGACAAGGGCAGAGCCCCACAAUCAGGCUAUUCUUCAUCCAGAGCAGGAUCGGGUACUCUCUGUUCGUGAGAAUGCAAGACUACAGGGUUUUCCAGACUACUACAAGCUUGAUGGGCCUGUGAAGGAGAGGUACAUACAGGUAGGAAAUGCAGUUGCGAUUCCUGUGGCUCUUGCGUUGGGAUACUCUUUUGGAAUGGCAUUUCAAGGAAUGUGUGAUGAUGAGCCCUUGACAAUGCUUCCCUUCAAGUUCCCCAAUUGCCUUGAUGAUCAAGUAGAGACCGAGUAGUUGAUUUUAUGACUCUGAACGGAGAAAAUCUUGAAUUUCCAUUGUUUGCUUCUUGCUUUGGCUUAGAAGCCUUUUCCCCCCACUUUUAAUUGCUGUUCAUCUUAACUACAAUGUUAUUUAUCACCUAGUGCUCAAAUUCCCUUUCCUCAAAUUUUGGGUCUACCUUUGAUAACUUGGAUUGAGAUAUUUGAUUCUUUUAAUGACAUAUUUAGCAUUUGGAA